AUGUCGUGGUACUCAAAAAUUUACACGGCGGUUCGCGAAUACCGCGCGAUUCAUCCGUUCAUCGGACGAAUUCUCACGUUUCUGCUCAAUAUUCUUCUGAUCACACAAGUCGUCGGAUUGUUCAUCUCAUUCUACGUAUUUUUAACCAUCACGUGCGGUUACUAUUUGAAAAGCUCUAUACAGGUCACCAUCUAUCUGAUCAUCGCCACCUUCCUAUUCGUCAUGUCGUUGUGGAGUCUCGCCAAAACGCUGUUCACGCCGAUCGCGCGCGUUCCACCGCAAUAUCGUCCGCCGAAGGCGUUGGACGAGAAGUUGCGCGCGGCGACGCCGUGCGACGCCGCCGGCAAAUUCGUCGUCGAAUCAUCGUCGCCCGAGCAGAUACGCGAACAAUCGCAAAUCAUCAUCGAGAUGUGCGAGGUGUGCGACGUGAAAAUGGCCGAGUGCGAUCACGUCGGACGCCUCAAAUAUUGCUACGAGUGCGGCCAUCUGAAGCCGGACCGAGCGCGUCAUUGCGGCUCGUGCGGUCAAUGCUGCGUCAAAUUUGAUCAUCAUUGUCCGUGGAUCAACAUGUGCGUCACUCAUGCGAAUUACAAGUACUUCCUCCUCUAUGUCGUCUACACCACCGCAUUCGUCUAUUGGUACCUGCUGACAUCGAUCGAGGGCGUCAUUCGAUUCGUGCUGAAUCAGAACUACUCGCAAGAGGUCGACCAUUUGAUGUUGUACCUCUUCACCGGCCUUCUUGGCGGCGUUUUCGGCUAUUAUCCGCUCGGCGAGCUCAUCCUAUUCCAUUGGCAGCUCAUCUCGCUCAAUGAGACGACCGUCGAGCAGACGAAGCCCGCCGUGUUGCGUUUCGACAAUCUCGCCGAUUACAAUAUGGGCAAGAAGGCGAAUUUCGAGCACGUGUUCGGCUGGGGCCUCUGGUGGUUGCCGAUUGAAACGAGCGAGUCCGACGGCCUUCAUUUCGACAUCAGAUAUGUCAAUCAACACAACAAGUGUCGAUUUAUCAAGGUCCGUGACGAUGAGCUCACCUCAUCGUCGGAUAUCGCAAGUCAGAAUGGAAGUCCUCACGAUCCACCGUGCAAUAAUUCAUAA